AGGAGAAGACCUGGGACACAAUCACUUGUGUUCCUUGGAAAUAGUGGAACAGAAAUAAACAUGCCAACAUUUUCUGAGAAUGAUGUACAGACAUCUGGAAAUAAUAAAUCCAGGAUAUAUGAACAUAGAUUUUUUUACAAUGAAAAUAAUGGAUCUGAUAUAAAUCCACCAUCUUGCUCUGGAAUUAAUAGAUUGCACCCAAAUACUCAUGUCUAUGGUGGAAGUAAUAGAUCUGGAAUAAGUCCAUCAGUUUAUUCUGGACCUAGGAUUAAUCAGUCAGCUUAUGUUGGUAGUACUGGAUCUGAAGUAAAUUCCCCUGCCUACACUGGCAGCAGUACUCAUGGAAUAAAUACAGCAUCUUACCCCAUGUAUAGUAGGCCUGAUUAUAAUCCACCAGUGUGCUCUGGAAAUAAUGGAUUUGGUAUAAAUUAUCUAGCCUUUUCUGGAAGUGAGAAGUGUGAGAUCAAUCCAUCUUAUUCUGGAAAUAAUGGAGUGGGAAUAAAUUCUUUGACAUAUUGUGGAAGUAGAUCUGUGAUGAUACCUCGAACAUACAGUGAGAAUAAUGUGUCUGCAGUAACUACACAGACUUAUUCUGGGAAUUUGCCUAGAGUAAAUUUACCAUCCUAUUCUGGAAAUAAUGGACCUGGGAUAAAUGGACGUACUUACUCCGGGAAUAAUGAAUCUGGAAUGAACACUCUAUCAUACUCUAGUAAUGGUGGACCUACAAUAAAAUCGUCUUAUUGUGGGAAUAAAGGAUUGUACUCUGUGAACAGCAGAGAUGAAUUAAAUUCACUGAUGUAUAGUGGAAAUAACAUAUCUGGGAUUAAUUCUCCAUCCUGUUCCAGAAACAGUGGGCUUGAAAUAAAUUCAGCAUAUCUUGGAAACAGUGGACCCACAGUAAAUUCACCAACUUAUUCUAGGUACAAUCGAACUGGAAUAAAUUCUCCAAUUCACUCUGGGAAUAAUGAAUCUGGAGUAAAUCAGAUGCGUUUUGCAAAGGACAGGACAUUUGGUAGGAGUGAAGUUUCUCAACAAUAUGAAAUACUACAGAGCUAUUGUGAAGAGAAUGAGUCAGGAACAAGUAAUAUGACAUGCCAGGAAACUACAUGGAGCAAUGAUUAUGUUACCCUCAACAGUCUUCCAACUAAUGGGUAUGAAAUAUUGGAUUGCUCACAGGACUUUUCAUACCUGUUUUCAUGUCUGGUGUGUGGAAGCGUCUCAGCUGUUGUGGAUGAACUUGUCAAACACUGGCGUCUCCACACUGGAGUUGAUUCAUUGACAUGUACGGUUUGCAGUGUAUCAUUCACAGAUGUGCUCUUUCUCCAGGCACACUGGAAAGCAACUCAUAUGGGAGGCAUAUGUUCUGACUCUGGAGUAGUGUUGAGAAAUGAGCCAGAGUUCUUGCCACAGCUUGUGUGUGAAGCUUGUGGCUUUGCGUUUGUUCAGUUUUCUUCCCUUGAACAGCAUGUCAUGUCAACACAUGUUCUUACAUGUCCCAGAGACGGUAUAUUCAGAUCCAUUAAUACUGUAGGAUCAUUGUACAGUGUUACCAACACACAACAGAAUAAUAUAAUAAGCAGUAGAAGUGUGCAAGAUAGUCCAGUAUUAAAUAAUCACUCUUUAACUAAACAGUUUACAGGAUUGAAAAAUAACUUAGUAGGAAGUGGUGGUGAUGGUCACUCAGUUGCUGAUUUUAUAAAUAAUGUAAUGGAAACUAAUGUCUCAGAGCAUUUCAUGGCUAGGAAUUCAGCAUCAGUGGUAAAUAAUGUGACAGAAACUGGUGAUGAAUCAGAAGUGGAGAGAGAAGAUCUUCCCUCAUCAAUGGACAACACAAAAUCUGAGUCUAUUUCUGAUCAGAAUGGAAAGGUGCUUACAUGUAAAGUAUGUGAAAGUAAUUCUGGUGAUGUAAAUGAUCUUAUUAAACACUGGAGGAUACAUAUUGGAGCCAAUUCCAUGACAUGUACCAUUUGUAAGAAAACAUUUUCAGAUUUGCCUUUCCUUCAAGCCCAUUGGAGGAGAUCACACAUGCAAGGGAAUCCUGUUCCGGUAUCAGUUAGCAAAAAUUAUUUAUUGCACAGUGAAUCAUCAUUCAUUUGUGAUGCAUGUGGAUAUGCUUUUCCUGACUUUGCAGUUCUUGAGCAACAUUUAUUAUCAACACAUGUUUUUGGAGGUUUAACUCAUGUUCCUUUGAAAAGUAGGAAUUGUGCAGACAAUAGAAAGACUACAUCUCAAGUUCGAAAUCAGAAUGUGAUGAUAAACAAGACUAAAUCUCUUGAUCUUAUAACUCUUAAAAUCCAAGUGAUGAAUCAUUGCAAGAAGAAAGGCACAGAGAAAAAGCCAGAGACAGAGGGGCAUAAGGAAAGCCAGGACAUUUUAGUGAUGGAAGAAAGUAAGAAGAAAGUAAAUAAUAAAUAUAGUGACUCAGGUUCCAAAAGGACCAAAAAUCCUGAUUGGUGCCUGGUUUGUGGAGAAACUUCAAAUGAUAUGAUAAAGCAUUUAGUAACGCAUACUGGAGUUCUGUCAUUGGAGUGUUGUCUCUGUGGAAAGGACUUUGUUGAUAUACCAUUUCUUCAAGCACAUUGGAGAGCAACACAUAUGAAUGGAGACACCUGCUAUACUAACAACUGUAUAUAUGUAGGAAAUUAUAAAGAAAAUGUUUCUUGUAAACAAAAGCUGUUGUGUGAAACAUGUGGCUGUUACGUGCCUCAAAUAUCUGCCUUAGAGAAACAUAUAAUAUUGACUCACACUGUUAUAAAACCACCAUAUGAAUGUAAGUGUGAUGAUGUGUUUUCCUCUCAAGAUGAAUUAAAGAGUCACAUAUUGACAUGUAGUUGGUAAGUUGAGUUCCUACAUAUAUCAAAUGUAUAUGUUGCCAAAACAUAUUUUGUGGAAUAAAAAAUAUUCAUUAGAGCUA